AUGACAAUAUCGAUAUUUACACCUUUAAACGAUGUUUUUGAAUGUCGGACAUUAAAAGAUUAUGUCCUAAAAGAUUAUUCACACCGUGCGCAUGGGCAGUUCUAUAAGUAUGUUAAUGUUCGGUAUAUAUAUGAAGCUUAUAAUUCUUAUUAUGUUUUUACGCAUGCAAAGAAAACACUUACAGAAAAAAAGAUCCAGGACUUUAAAUAUACAAGAUCAUCUGAAAAGGAUACUGAUAAAAAAAAAGAGAUAUAUAAGAAGGGAUACUUUACCCCAAGCGAGUCAUCGAGCAACUGGGAGCCUACCAGGAUUAUCGGAUAUUAUGAAGGGCUUGUUUGUAAAUCUGAAGAUGAUGAGUCUAUGGAAGACUAUGAGAUUUUUAAAAAACCAAUAAAGAUAGUACACCCGAGUCCAGAGCAAAAACAGCUAUACAAUCAACACCAGGAAAAAGACAAAACUCAAACUAGUCCAACACAGAGAGUGCAGCAAAAACUUCAUCCCGCCCCAACCCUAUCGAAAGGUCUUUUCAAACCGAUUCUUUCAAGCCGUUCUCUGUAA